AUCCUUAAACUGGACAUUCUUAACCUGGGCACUACCUGUAUAUACUUUUACUAAUAUCAAUGAGGACUGCAGGAGUUUUUCCCAGUGCAGAAAGGCUCUUUUCAGAUGCGUGGAGAAAUCUAGUCAUCUAUCAAAAUUUAUCUCUUCCCCCAUUUCUGCUGUACAUUAGGGAGAGCAACUGGUAGUUACCAAUUCUGCCUGUAAAUGACACUUCAUGGGAGUAGAAGCAAAAUCAAGGGAAUUCACCAGUCACUAACUCGUGAUUGCAUUAAAACUCGAAGGACAGUACAACUUGCUGGCCUUGUUGCUGAGGCAAAAUGGGGCUCGUCAGUCACAUCAGCAAAUUUUAUGCCAGUUAAUUUUUCUCUACCAGCUCAGAGAUUCAAGGACUGCACAUUAAUGCAAAUCUAUUUCAAAAUGUUGGAAGAAGGUUAGGGAUUCAAGUGGGGCAGACUAUAUGGAUACUGCAUUGUUGUAACCAUGGCUUUAUAGCAUGAGCUGAAUGGGAACAGGAAUUCAACUGUAUAUUUUAAAAUUCUAAUAUUUUCCAAAAUUAAUUUCAUUUUAGUACUUUUCACUAUUGCAUUCCUGGUUUAUUUGAGAAUAGAUGGGAUUUUACAGUAUCUUCUCUUGAUGUUUUUUUACAUCCUCUUGUGCUUUAUUCCAUAUGAGGAUAGGUUUAUUCAUAUCCCUAUCUCUGGAUGUGAAAAUAAUGUAAGACAAAUGCUAUGCUAAAAUAUGGAGUUAAGAAGUAGCCUGAAAAUAUCCCUUUUUCUAAGGUACAGCUCAGAGGUCUCGAACUCCAGCAUCUGAAACAUUUGCUUUGAUUCUGAAGAAAACUCUCUGAUGACGUGGUGAUGAGUCUUCCCAUUUCCAGCUGAGGUAAAGAUUCUAGCUCUGGAAUGGCCAGCCAGGAAACUGAAGUUCAGAGACUGGUGCUAGGUAAUGAUUCAAUGAUAGAAGGAAUAAGUGACCAGGUUUUGCUGGCCGUUGUGCUCGGCUUCACGUUCCUUGUUGCACUGAUAUACAUGCUAUUAAGAGAUGGGCACCCAGAUAUUCAUCCAGAGAACCAAGAACUAGUGAGGGCAGUUAGACAACAAAUACAGUCAGAACAGGAAAAUAUAGUUGGUGACAGACAACGUUUCUAUACUGAUAUGUCCUGCCCGGUGUGUUUACAACAGGCUUCAUUUCCCAUUGAAACAAACUGUGGACAUCUUUUCUGUGGUUCCUGCAUUAUUGCAUAUUGGAGGUGCGGAUCAUGGCUAGGUGCAAUACACUGCCCUAUCUGCAGACAGACGGUAACUUUAUUUUUACCACUCUUUGAUGAGGGACAAGAGGAUGCAGCACAGGUGCUUCAUGAUGUCGGUGAUUAUAACAGGAGAUUCUCAGGACAGCCAAGAUCGAUUAUGGAAAGGAUUAUGGAUUUACCUACAUUAUUACGUCAUGCAUUCAGAGAAAUGUUUUCUGUUGGUGGUCUCUUCUGGAUGUUCCGCAUCAGAAUAUUCCUCUGUCUCCUGGGGGCUUUGUUGUAUCUUGCAUCACCAUUGGACUUUCUACCCGAAGCUUUGUUUGGAAUAUUGGGAUUUUUAGAUGAUUUUUUUGUGGUUUUUCUGCUACUCAUAUAUAUAUCUAUCAUGUACCGAGAAUUUGUGACACUGAGACUGAACAGAUGAGGCAAAUGUCAGUAAUUAACAUUCAGGUGCAUUAAGUGAAUUAGCUAUUUUGAAGAAAAACAUCUAGACACAAUUUUGGUUAUUAAAUAGCCUUUGUUUGAUCAUCUUAUGCAAUCAAUCACAUCUUUAUUUCAAUCAUAAACCAGCAUAAGAUAACAUGAGAUUAUAAAAGUUAUCAACUUAUGCAAACAUGAGGAAUUGAUGUCAUGGUGCUUAGGGAACUGGGAAUUCAGUGUGUGAUAUAAAAAAGGUGUAACACAUGCUUAUGUAUGUUUACAACAUAUGAGUGAGUAGUUACCAUUUAGGCCAACAUCAGUGACAAAAAGGAAUUUGCCUUGGAAUGUUUCAUUUGAAUUAGCUGGACAUGUACUUAAAACAUUGUUCAAUGUAUAAUCUCAUAUUCAAUGUAAACUUUCAUAAACUGCUUUAAGCCUUCUGCGGGUAACCAGGUAAAGGGGAUUGUUAUUUUAAACACAAUUGUUUAGAAUGUCUGCCUGUGCAGGAAAUGCUCAAGCAGUACAGUUAUUAAAUAAGCUUGAGUUACAACAUAAUAUUGCACAAACAGAAUAAGUACAGUAUUGCAACUGUGUACAAUUAUGUGUUCUCUCAAUAUAAUUUCCCCCCCAUGGAAUUGCACUGUCCACUGUGGAGAGAAUGCUGUCUUCUCCAUAACUAAUGAUUGUAUGUAGUAAGGUUUUGCAUUACAAAGUUCAUGUUUUUGUAAAAUAGAAGAUAGCCUAGCCUAACAUGGAUGGAUGGAUGGAUGGGUACAGUAUUAGACAAAUAUUUGAGUUUAGAUCAUAACUGGCCUCUCUAAUCAGGUGAAUUACUAAAUGAAAUAUUAAAUAUUGCUGGUAGAGCCAUUAGCUGAAAUCUAAAACUGAAUUUUAUAGUGAAUAUACUUGAAAUAAGAACUGGUAAUGGGGACCAUAGAUAUUUUAUAUAUAUUCUUACUUUUGAAAAGCAUAUAAAUACUCCUUCAGAGUCAGCCUCAUUGAACAUUGCAGGCCUUGCUUUUCAACAAGCACACAUAAUUUUAGACUACAAGUCUUCUCAAGUUUCAUUUCAAAGUGGUCCUAAAAUACUAUGAAAUGCCUUGUUUAAGCCAUUUAACUGUUCUUGAAGAAAGAGAAAAUGACUAACAGGCCUAUGAAGUCACUGCUUACAAGGCUGGAGAAACUGUAGCCUUCCACAUGAUGUGAACUGUAACUUCCAGCUUUCCUUGCUAUUUGUUGUCCUGGUUUGGGCUAAUGGGAUUUCAUAACUAUAAUUUCUCCAUCUUGCUAUUUCAUUUCAUACUACAACUGGAAAUACCCUAACCUGUGAACAACGCCCUGUCUCCUUAGACAUAUACAGAACAGUGUCUUCACUAUCAAAAAAGAAUGAGAAUAGGGAUAAAGGUGCUUGGACUGUAAAGGGUGCUAUAUACAGUACAAAGCUUACAAAGAUGCUCUCCAAAAAUAUGGAUGUGGAGAACUGAGCUACCAUAUAUGGAAUGUGCUUAAUCCCUUAGCCAACCAUGAAAUAAUUAUUUAGGUCUUGCUUUUUAGCAAAUUCCUGCAAAGAAUGAAAGCAUUGUUGUAUGUUAAUAUAAGGUAUUUUAAGAGAUAGUUAAGACAUCUUGUGGAGAAGAUGAGGGAAUACCCCCUUCUGGUCUAACUUCUCUAUGGUAGCACUGUCAUUAUGAAGACUUGUAUUGGCAUUGAUCUUAAAAUUAUUAAUAUUAGACAGAUUUUUUAUUCCAGUUAAGUUUAGAAACUGAAUAUUGAAUACUGUUCUAAUGUUGAAUAUUGACUAAUUUUAAUAGUUGUUUAAAUGCCAAUAGAAUUCUAAACUGUGAUUAAUGAGGGGGGGCGAAUGCAUUUCAGAGAGGAGGGAGUGUGAGAUGUUUAAGUCUUAUUUCCAAUCAUAUAGUACACUUAAAGGAGGGGAAACACUGUGCAUUAACACUGACUUAAAAAAAAAUCCAAAUCUUUCAGUUUGAUGAAAUCAUUGCCAAAGAAAUCUCCCAUUAUUUCGCUGAUGAAACAAUAAUCUCUCGACAAAGACUGGAUUUGAAAUCCCAUUUUAGUUCUUGGGGAUUCCAAGUGCCAAUAUGUUGGAAUGUACAUGUUAAGUACAUUUAAAUAGUAAUUUUUGUAAAAUGAACUUGUGUCUCUCUGUUAUCUUCUCAAGAUGCUGAAUGUGACCAUGGUUUUCUUUAAAAAUGUGGAACCAUUUUCAUUGUUGUUUCUAUAAACAUAUGUCUUAAAUUUUCAAAGUUAUGUCUGGAGAACAUGCUUGAAUGUAUUUGCUGUAACUGAAGCUUAUAGCAGCUUGUUCUAUCUAUAUCUGAACUGAAGAAAAGGGAACACAAUAAUUGUUUAGAAAGAGAAGCUACUUCUGUGCUAACCCUUUUAAUACUUCACUCACUCCGUUGUCAUUAGUAGCAUCUGGACACAAUUUCUUGGCUCUCAGGUAAAAUUCCAGCAUGAUGUGAAUUUUGUAUGAUGUUUGGCUAGCCCCAAUCCUGUCUCUGGAGAGCAGGAAAGAAAGAGUCAUAAGUUAUGAAACAUAGAAGCUUGAUCAAGUAUAUAUGUUUACAAAGAGGACUUUUCAAACUUUAAGCUUAUUUUAAAGGCCUGCAUGUGAUACAAUUGCAAAAUCAAAGCAAUUAGGUACUUUCUGCUUUCUAUUUUCAUUUUCGGUGAAGCUGAGGCAUAAUUUUGAGCAAAAUAGCUUGAAGAUCAUUACAAGUAGAGCUUUAAUACCCUACUUCUUUCUAUACUGAUAUUUUUCUUGUAUUUUGGCCCCCUACUUUGUCAACAGAAGUCCUCUUACAUAGUUUUGGGAUGCCUCCCAGGUGGGGCAGCAAUCAGUAUCACAUAAUACACUAAGCUAUAAUAUGGCUUAUUUGAUUUUAACUUAUUGUGCUAUGUUGGCCUAGCACCAGACUAUUUAGUAAAUAAUUAUUCAGUAAAUCCUGGCAAAACAAAUUAUGUCUUAGUGCAAUGUAUGAACCCAGUCUGGGUGUUCUGAUGAUGCUCUGAAAAGUCAGUUCAGGUGGCAUCAUGCUUUCUGAUUGGUGACAGUUUAGAACUUUUAUUCUGGGAAUUUUUCUAAGAAAUCUUGCAUUUCAUGGAAAUAGCCUAGGUUAACCUUCGUGAACCUGGCUCCUUCCAGAUCUGGGAGGUGCAAGGGGGAGAGAGAGAAUAAGCCUUCCUGUUAUACAUUAUCUUUUUCUCAGCUUGUACCCACCCUCCAACACACAGAGAAACCCAGGUUGAAUUUGGAACUCUGUAUGUAUACAAAAAAUGCUUCUGUUUACUUUUAAUCUAUGGUUAAUUAAACCAUUGCUAUAUUCUUUGUUAAGAAUUUAGGAAAAGAGUAUCAUAAAGCCUCUAAUGUAGUUGUAAUAUGGAAAUAGUCCUACCAUUUCUGCAUUACCUCAGGUGAGUAGUGUUGCUUUCAUUAUGGAAAGCGGAAAAUAGCUAGAUUUGAUUGUACUAUAGAUAGCUCUUCAUCAAGAAGAAACUUCCUCUGUCAGAUCUUUGGUAUAGGGCAUGAAUGGUCUAAUCUUGUUUUACAUACUGCCUUCAUAUUUAGAUGGGUACCACCAUACACCUAUUGCACUAAUUUCUAAAAGGAAUUGAGAUUCCUUAUACAAAGGGUAUUCAAUCACCAGUUUACAUACAGUAAUCAAAUGUCACAUCCAAAUUCAGUUUUAUAUUACGUAUAGUAUUAUCUCAUUAGAACUGUUCAGCUUUUUUUUGUUCCUUUUUUUAAAUGCUACCCAUUGAGACAUAGUUUUCAGGAUGGAUUGUACAUUUUAUGGCCCUGAAAUCCUAGUUUAUUAAUCAGACUAAUACUGUACAAAAACACUGGCUUAAGCGAUGGAAGCCACCCUUUUUAGAAAAUCUUGGCAAGAGAAAAUAUUUCAAAGAAAAUCUGUAAUCAUAUGCUAUCUAGUUGAACCCACAGUAUUUUAAAGCAGUUCUGCCAUCUAUUGAUCUUGUCAUUAAAAACACUAUUGCAUAUAUGAAUUAUGAUAAGAUGACUUUCAUCUAAGGAAGAAUAAUAUCUA